ACGAAACUCAGCAAGCAGACGUGCGAGGCUUCUCACAGUGUACUGCUAUAUUAUAUAGUCUACCGCGACUUGCGCCUUCUAUCUCUUUUGACGAAUACGACUCUUUGUGUAUUGCGAUUGUGCUACGAGGAUGAAGGUCCUUGUUCUUGGUGCUACUGGAUUUAUUGGGUUCCCUGCUGCUCAAGCCCUCGUACGAAAUGGACAUGAGGUAUAUGGUCAAACGAGGAAUGCCGAGAAGACGAAGUUGCUUGCGUCUGAAGAAAUUAUCCCUGUAGUUGCGGAUCCGACUAAAAAAGAGGAGUGGGUGUCUGUAGCGGAGAAGGUUGAUGUUGUGAUCGAUUGUAUUGGUGGUAUGGACAUAAAGACCAUCUCGCAAUACGUCUUCGAGGUUGCAUUGGAAGCGGCGAAGAAGACACGGGGCACCUCGGCACCUCGCUUGACAUAUAUCUAUUGCUCAGGCACAUGGGUCCAUGGAGAUGACCGUGUAAACACAGCAUCAGAAAGUGCGGUACCCAAAAAUACGACCACACUCGUCUCAUGGCGUACAGCUCAAGAACAACGCGUCACCGCUGCUUCUGAUGCAGGAUUGAUUAAUGGCAUUGUUGUGCGACCAUCUCUAUUAUAUGGUCGUUCUGGAUCUAUUAUAGCAAUGCUAUUCGGUGCUGCCGUUGAAGCUGCGAAGCGUGGUGAGAAAUUUGAGUGGGCUGGGAGGAAAGGAGGAAGGUGGCCCGUUAUUCAUGUGGACGACCUUGCGGAUUUGUUCGUUCGCAUCGCCGAGGCGGGCCCAACAUGCAAAGGAACAAUCAUUGACGCAUCGAACUCGUACACCGAGUCCGUAGAUGAUGUUCUCGAAAAUGUCGCUCGUGUCGCAGGUGCACCAGGCUGGGCAUACCGCGAACCAACAAACCCAUUUGAAGAAGCCAUUGCAGUAACUUCGCGUCUCCGUCCGAGCCUCGGUCGUUCACUGCUUGGAUGGGUCCCGAAGAAAGCUGGACUGGUGGAUGGGAUGGAGAUAUACUUCAAUUCCUUUAAGGCCUUUGCGUGAGGUUUAAUCUCCAACACAACAAUGGCUAGGGAUGUACAAUAAAAUGCUUUUUGCAUUCUCUCGAGAACUUGCUACGCAUGUGUUUGUAUGCAUGGGAACACUGGAAUGAGAAUAUCUGAAUAGGAAUUGAAGUUUUA